CCGGGAUUCGUUUCAGUUGUUGGACUCCAUAUUAAUUUAUUAUUGCAAAAUCGUCGUUAAAUAUCGCCAAUUUCAAUAAAAGAAAUGUUAUUUCGUAUUGUUUUUGGAUAUACCAUUGCACAAUAACAACAAAUUAGUUCGUACGAAAAGCAAUCGAAGUAGACUAACAGUUUAUUAUCACUUUACAAUAUGGAACGAAUUGAAAGAGCAGGCAGUGAGUUCUGCGCUAUCGGCGCGCCAGAACCACUGUGCCUUUAUUCGGAGAAACAACACUUUUUAAAUAUGAUUAACAACGACGACACUUUCGAUUCAGUAUUAAUUAAUCGUAUUUCAGAAAAAUCUAAAAUAAAAUAUGAGGAAACAUUUCUGCAUGUCUCACUCAUUCUAUUGACAAUUAUGCCGGUUGUAUUCUACUUUGCGAUCGCGCGCAUUGUCUGUCAGCAAUUGGAAAAGAAAACGUUCGUCAAUUUUGUCUGGAGAUUCAUAAUCGAAUUCGUAAUAAUUGUUGUACCCACAGUGUUAUUUGUGAAUGUAUUCAAUGAUUAUGUGGGUUUUGUGAUGAUACUUUUCGGUCUCUGCGUUUUGUUGAAAUUAUAUUUGAAUUAUAAAAGGCAAACAUUUGAAAAUCAUUGGUACGAUUUAGGCGGCAGCCGGCCAUACGUUUUGACACUGGUGCGCGCAAUUAUUAAUUUGCUAACAGUACUUUGUAUAUUGGCAGUUGAUUUUACUUGCUUUCCGAAAAUAUUUCGAAAAUCACGUACAUAUGGCGCUGGUCUUAUGGACGUUGGUAUUGGGCUAUUUAUAUUCGCAAUGGGUGCCGUUUCGCGACCGCCAACUAAAUUUGCACACUAUAAACGUUUAAUGUUCACUGUACUGCCGUUACUCGUGCUGGGCACGUUACGUACUGUAAUUAUAAUACAUAUAAAUUAUAGUCAAGAUGAACACGAAUAUGGGCAGCAUAUGAAUGCUUUCUUUACACUGGGGCUCACUAAGUUGUUUGGCGGCGGACUUAGUGGCCUUGCGAAGCAUGGCUGGGCACAUGUCGCAAUCGGUGUAGUAAUCACAAUCAUACACGAAUCUAGUCUACAGUUUUUUAUAUCCGAAUAUGUUAUGAAUGGAGAUAUUGCACGAGAUACUCUGGUGCGUGCGAAUCGUGAAGGGAUUUUCUCGCUGCCUGGUUUCGUUGCUAUAUAUUUGAUAUCAAUUUAUAUUGGUCAAAUGCUACGCGUUAGUGACGGUCUAGUAAGUCACAAAGUACUGUUCAAUAAAUUGAAAGCAUUUGGCAUAACGAGCGUUGGACUUUGGCUGCUUGUAAUUGCCUGUAUAUACUCGAUAUCAAUUGCGCGUGUGACCUGCAAUUUGGGCUACAUAGCAUGGAUUUUUGCCAUAACGCUAACUAUGAUUUUUAUCGCCAUGGUAGUAUUUCAUUUGGUUUUAAAUGUAAGCUGGACAACUAGGGACGCUAAGUCGCCGCACGAGUCUUUUACCUUCACCGAGCCUUUGCUAGCGGCUACAGCAGGUUCGCGCAUCAGUACAAAUAUACUACCAACGCUUGUGGAAGCAGUAAAUAAAAACGGUCUAACAUUCUUUCUAUUGGCUAAUGUGCUGACUGGUGCUAUAAAUAUUUAUCUAGAGCCAAGUGAACGUUAUUAUAAAGAGAGUAUAUUUAUAUUAACCAUGUAUAUGCUGAUAUCGAUCGGUUUCGUUCAACUACUAUAUCGCUUUAAUAUACGAUUAGCAUAAUUAUUUGUAUGCGGUGCACAAACAAGCAGAACUCAAUAAGUUGAUUAAGCAAAAAUAUGUUAUAUUAACAUGUGCAUAAAUAUAUACAAAUGUGUGUGGAUUUUAUCUACGUUUUAUCUGUGAAAAAUGUUGUGGCUGUAUCCAACUAAAAAAAUAAUGUAAUAUAUUUGGUGGCAUAAAAUAGAUUUUUUCUGUAUUAAAUAGCUACUAUUUGCUCUAAAUUAAUAAAGUUGUAAAAUUAUUUAUAAAAGCUUUUGCUUGUUUAAACUAAA